AAAAAAAACUCAUCCAUUAUUAAGGAACACAUUAAACAAUCGUUUUUUGUGAUUCCCAAUCUAUGGUGGAAUAAUUGCAUUUGCAAAAUUUUUAUUAUUUCAAAAAUCUUGGCUGGGUGGAUUGUUUUGUAGAGAUACUGAGAGAGAGAGAGAGAGAGAGAGAGAGAGAGAGAGAGAGAGAGAGAGAGAGAGAGAGAUGGAGGAAAUUGGGUUUUUGGGAUUGGGUAUAAUGGGAAAAGCGAUGUCGAUGAACUUGCUUCGCCAUGGAUUCAAGCUCACUGUUUGGAACCGCACUCUCUCACGGUGUGAUGAGUUGGUCGAGCACGGGGCUACUAUUGGAGAAUCUCCUGCAGCAGUAAUCAAGAAAUGCAAGUACACUAUUGCAAUGUUGUCGGAUCCUGCUGCAGCUCUAUCGGUGGUUUUUGAUAAAGACGGUGUUCUGGAGCAAAUCGGUGCUGGAAAAGGCUACAUCGACAUGUCGACAGUUGAUGCCGAGACUUCUUCAAAGAUCAGUGAGGCGAUCGCAUUAAAGGGUGGUAGUUUCCUCGAAGCACCGGUAUCGGGUAGCAAAAAGCCGGCUGAGGAUGGUCAACUAGUGAUCCUUGCUGCUGGCGAAAGGGCAUUAUACGAUGCAAUAAUUCCUGCUUUCGACAUAAUGGGAAAGAAAUCAUUUUUCCUGGGGCAAGUUGGAAAUGGAGCAAGAAUGAAGCUUGUUGUCAACAUGAUAAUGGGCAGUAUGAUGAAUGCAUUUUCAGAGGGACUUGUAUUGGCCGACAAAAGUGGACUGGACCCUCAAACCCUUCUUGAUGUACUGGAUCUUGGUGCUAUUGCGAAUCCAAUGUUCAAAAUGAAAGGACCCUCUAUGACAAAGAGUAGUUAUCCACCGGCCUUCCCUCUCAAACAUCAACAGAAAGAUAUGAGGUUGGCUCUUGCACUUGGCGACGAAAACGCUGUGCCUAUGCCAGUCGCAGCUGCUGCUAACGAGGCAUUCAAGAAAGCGAGAAGCAUGGGACUUGGGGACCUCGACUUUUCUGCUGUGCACGAGACUGUUGCAUCUAGCAAAGGGUCAACCUGAUUGAUUGAUACCAUUAUAUAUAUAUAUAUAUAUAUAUAUAUAUAUAUAUAUAUAUAUAUAUAUAUAUAUAUAUAUAUAUAUAUAUAUAUAUACACACAACAGUGUUGCUUCUGCUGAUUUUUCCUGGAAUAUUUUAGAAACCAGAAAAAGAUAAGGUAUGGCAUCGAUCAUUUGGUAACUGCAUUGGAAGAAACAGUUUGAUAUUGUCUUGAUAUAUCAAAUGUAACUGAAAUUGCUUUAUUUGAGUAGCCAGCACUUUCUA